GCCCACGUGCGGGGAGGGAGACAAACCACACCGGUUCUUCUGUCAUCUCGGGGAAUACACGUAACAGGUUCAGACGUCAUGGCAACUACAUCCUAUAUAUAUUACCGAGUCUGACGAUACUAAGGACAAGUUUUGAUACUUAAGGAGAGUCACAUUCAUCAACGUCUCCGGCUCCUCCGCCCUACCGGACCCUUUUAUACACGCAAAAUUGAAACUUUUAUAGAUUUUAUUUUUUUCAAUUUUCAAACAAGUGUAUAAAGUGCUAAGGAUCUGGUGCUUUGAUAACAUUAUGGUGAAUCUGGACUCGAUAACGAUUGUUGGGCUUCUCGUCGUGGCUGUUUUCGGAGUUGAAGCUUUUACAGAAAAUUCUCUUUGGAGCCAAUCGGACGAGUCGCCAGACACAUAUGGACACAUGUAUGACUCGGAAGAGAGUGUACCACAAUACAGAGACAACACACGUGUUACACAACUGGUGGAAUCACCAGAAGAGGCCUUCCGAAUGAUAGAAGCAAUGAAGGCAAGGACUCGAAGAAGAAUGUCUCCAUUUUCCGCAAUGAGGGGAAAAAAGAGUGUAUCUGAGAGUCAAGAAAAACACAACAUGGAUAAAGCCAUUCGGGGAAAGCGAACGAUACAAGACGAAAGUGACAAUGGUUCUUAUGACCUCCAAAAGAGAGCAGCUUAUUUCAAGGCGAUGAAGUCAUCGCUACGUGGGAAAAGAAUGGUGCCAGCUUAUUCCAGCCCUGUCUCAGAAUUCGAGUACCAACUACUGCUGCAGAAGGUGCUAGCGGCUGCGAUGUCGCUGUCCGGGAACAGGAACGGUGAUGAACAAAGUAUGAUGGGCAAGAGGAACUACGGCUUCCAUGCUCUCCGUGGACGUUAGACACUGCAAUGCGCAUGUUCGGAGAUCACGUGUACAUUUCAACUAACACAAUAAUCAUCCGAUUGAUUGACUUUCUUUGUAAAUUUUAUAUCUUAUUAUUUCUCGGUAUUAAUUUUAUCCGCUGAAUCUAAUUGGGCGUAAAUGAUGGGUAUCAAAGGCAGGAGGAGAUCAAUAUAGCUACAGAACCUAGGUAGCUAUAACGACAAUGCUGAUGUCACACUCAUGCAGCAGUACAGGCAUGCGCUCGAAAUUAAUCAAUUCAUGAUAAAGGUGAAAAUGACAUGAACCAUGUACGGAUCUGGUACCUAAAAGAAGCAUGACCUCAGAAUGAAAAUAGCUGUCUACUAUGUGAAUCGGAAACAACGUUACCAUAUUGCUUUUGUUUAAGAUAGAAAAUCUACCAUGAUAUUAAAAUAUACUUUUCCAUUA